UUUCGCUGUUCCGCUUUCCCUGAAAUUCUUUGCUGAUCUGACUUGAGACUGAGAGAGUUCAAGAUGGCUGUCUCAGGCUCCAGAUGAGGGCUUCUUCCUGCUUUGCCCUGGUGUGUAACUCUUGAGUGUCAGUGCUGCCAGUCCCUCACUGCCCCUUUGGAGACACCAUGUCCAACACCUCCUCCUGUUCCUCCUCGGGGGAAAACAGCCCGGAUGACACACCCCGAGGUGGGGGCACCAUUCGUGUCUACCUCCCCAACAAGCAGCGGACGGUGGUAAAUGUUCGGCCUGGGCAAACGGUCUAUGACAGUCUAGAUAAAGCCCUGAAGGUCAGAGGCCUAAGCCAGGAUUGCUGUGCUGUCUUUCGCCUUCUUGAAGGCCGGAAGAGACUUACAGAAUGGGACACUGACAUAACACCUCUCGUAGGGGAAGAGCUUCUGGUGGAAGUGCUGGAUGAUGUUCCUCUUACCAUGCACAACUUCGUACGUAAAACAUUCUUUAAAUUAGCUUACUGUGACUUCUGCCACAAGUUCUUGUUCAACGGCUUCAGGUGUCAGACGUGUGGGUAUAAAUUUCACCAGCACUGCAGCAGUAAAGUCCCUACAGUGUGUGUGGAUAUGGACACCAUGACAAAACGGUGUGUUCCUAAUACAGAAGACUGCCCUUCGAUAAUGAUAUAUCCGGCCACCAAUUCUAUAUCAGAGAGCGACAUUCCCUUAACUUCAGAUUCUCCUGGAGAGGAACUGCAGUCUACCCCAUCCUUCCGUUUGAUCAUGCGAGGAGAGGACGGUCAGUCUCUCCAGAGGCAUCGCUCCACCUCAACCCCCAACGUCCACAUGGUCAGCACGCUGGACCCUGGCGCUGCUAGCCUCAUGGAGGAGUCAUUAAAAAUCAGCACAAUGGGGCCAGAGUCGUCUCCAAAGCCUUCCACUAGCCCUCCCCACAUAGGUUCACCAGGAAAAAGACCCCCCAAAUCCCCUUCUGAGUCCAAGGAAAGAAAACAAUCCUCAUCAGAUGAUAAAAAGAAAGUGUACCGGGGAGGUUACAGAGACUCCAGUUACUACUGGGAGGUGCACUCAAAGGAGGUGACCAUGUUGAAGAGGAUUGGAGCGGGUUCUUUUGGGACCGUCUUUAAAGGCAAGUGGCAUGGAGACGUGGCUAUCAAGAUUCUUAAAGUGACAGAGCCCACACCGGAGCAGCUCCAGGCCUUUAAAAAUGAGAUGCAGGUUUUACGAAAAACACGCCAUGUCAACAUUCUGCUGUUCAUGGGCUUCAUGACGAAGCCUAAUUUUGCCAUCAUCACGCAGUGGUGUGAAGGCAGCAGCCUCUACCGCCACUUGCAUGUUACUGAGACCAAGUUUGACACCAUGCGCCGUAUCGAUGUUGCUCGCCAGACUGCACAGGGCAUGGAUUAUCUUCAUGCCAAGAAUAUCAUUCAUCGGGACUUGAAAUCUAAUAAUAUCUUCCUCCACGAAGGCUGGACGGUAAAGAUCGGUGACUUUGGGCUGGCCACAGUCAAGUCUCGCUGGAGUGGCUCUCAGCAGGUCGAACAGCCCAGUGGCUCCAUCCUGUGGAUGGCCCCUGAGGUGAUCAGAAUGCAGGACACUAACCCAUACACCUUCCAGUCAGAUGUAUACGGAUAUGGAGUGGUGCUCUAUGAACUGAUGUCUGGGACUUUGCCUUAUACGAAUAUCAACAACCGCGACCAGAUUAUUUUCAUGGUGGGUCGUGGCUUUUUGUCUCCAGACCUCAGUAAAUUAUACAGUAACUGCCCUAAAUCAAUGAAGAGGCUCAUCAUCGACUGUCUGAAAUUCAAACGUGAUGAACGGCCCCUCUUCCCACAGAUCUUGGUGGGCAUCGAGCAGGUCCAGGAUCUGUUGCCAAAAAUUGAGCGGAGUGCCUCUGAGCCCUCUUUACACCGUGCUGUACACGCCGAGGACCUGAACCCGCUUCUCCUUCACACCACACGCCUCAUGCCUCUGUGAGACUGCCGGAGACGAUCCGCUUCUCUCCCAGAUGCCGUGCAGGAUCAUUCCCAGCAUGGUGUUCCUCUCAUUAUUCCACAGAGAGCACCCAAAUUCGGUCACACAUAUAGUCAAACACAUAACAUUAUCUACUUGUUCAUGUUCCCUCCUUCCUCUUUUCCAUUCCAGCUGCUCCUCCCUAAAGUUGCCUGUAGAGAAUUUCAGAUUCUUUCUGGACCAGCUGCUUUCUUAAACAGAAGCAGGAAGUUAACUGUGCUCUCUUAUUACACUUAAUGGAUUUCCAAAUCCAAGCAUCAUAUCAGCAAUAUAUCGGCACAAUCUUAAUGACCUCCUUUUCUGAGGUAUAUUUCAAAAUGUGUUAUGGUUGCUUACACGUUACCUCUUUUACUUUAAGAUGAAAGUAGCGUUUUACUUUAGAACAAGCAAUUUAGCAUGGAGAUUUUCUUCUUUUUUUUUUUCUUUACCUGUUCUCCUUGGUUGAAAAUCAUUGGCCAAUGAUAACACAAUGUUGAUGAGUCCAUUCUUCUACAUCAGUCACAGAGACUUUCUGCUCACAGAUUGGUUCGCACUCAGUUAAUGAUCAUAAACAUGAUCAUACGCCCAUUGCUGUUGUUUUGGCAUCUUUUUUUAAUUCCGUUAUAUUUCUUUUAAGUGUAAAAUAUUGGUGUCAGAUUUGGUUGGAUCUUUUUGCCCUUAAUAAUUAUGCUGUGCAUUUGUGAUAUUUAAAAAAAAAAACAUCUGAUUUGGCUCUACCUUUGUGCUUUCUCUUUUUCCGUUGGUGAGCUUUAAAUUGUGUAGCUUAAUGAAGUCUCAAGAAAAUGGCACAAAACAGUGGGGCACUUCCUGAAGUUAUUGGGAAGGAAAAAUAUACACUUUUCUUUCGUUGCUUUGAAAUGAGUACAUUUGGCUUUCUGGAUUUAAAACAAGAUGGAUUUGUUCGUUUUAAAAUGGAGUAAGAAUUCACAAAGUAAACUAAAAUGGCACAUGAUGACCAUAAGCAAGACUGGUGAACUAGUACUGACACCUCAACCCAGUCUAACUUGUGAACUAAUGCUUUCUGUUUGCAUGUGGUGGUGAUGUUUCUACCCGUGCUGUUACUGGAGUGCAGAGGUUCUUAAUCCUGGUCCAGGGUUGAGCUGAUGAUCUGAAUCUGGUGUGUUAAAUAAAGAAGACAUCUAAAACAUCACAAAGUAGGGGAUCAGCAGGACAAAAAUGAAGAACCACUGCUGAAGGGAUUUUUUGUUCAUAGCUCUACAUUCAGAUAGUGUUGAGCAAUAGUUCAGAGAAUGAGGCUUGGUUUUGCAUAUUGAAGCUUAAGUGUCAUUCAUUUGUCUGAAUGAGGUCCAUAAAUGUUCUUCAUUUGGCAGUCACACAGCAGCUUUUAAGGUGGAUUUCAGAGUUUUCAAAGAAACUAGACUUCUUAAAUAAGGCUGCUAACUUUAGACCGGCUGAUUAAUUGACUAGUUUUAGUUUUGAGUGAGAUGAUCAAACACAAGAUGUGCUUUUCCCUUCUGCAGCGCCAAAUCUCGCAGGGCUCUGAUAAGACCAAGGAAGGACGUACAGUUCGUAACAUUUCCUUCAGAUCACAUUUGUGGCAGCAUGGGGUUUAAGGAGUGCUUCUGGAUGCUGUAUUCUUCUUUCAGUUAGUUCAGUUCACACCAUACACUCUAAAGCAUGUCUUUGCAAUACAGUCGUGCUAACAUAGCAAUAUUAAAGUUCCUUUUCCUCCCAUUCAGAUGGUUUCAAUAGGACUGACUGAAACCUUAAAUGAUGGGGCCUUAUGUGAUAUCUGUCCUUUUAAUGGAGUCUUAAUAUAUGUAACUUAUUGAUUCAUAACUGACAAUUGUACUAAAGGCAGAGCUUUGGUUCUUAUCUAGCAAUAUUCGAAUGGGGCUGGGUCCCUCGUUGAGCUGCACUCAUUCCAAAUACAAUGCCUAUGGAAGAUGCACUAGGCGAUUCUAUGUCUCUUGUUCAUGAGAGAUGGUUUCACAUCACUUCAUUGGCUAAUGGAAAUCAAUAUGUUGUAGUUUCAGACAAACUUGGCUAUCUUUAUAUUUUUCUGCUUGAUUACGCACUUCCUCUGUUAUUAACAGAGCUGAAGUGCUUCUGGACUUUUGUAGAAUGAUGAUGUGGUACUCCAAGUGUAGGAUUUUCCUAAGAAACCAGUGGUAAUAAUAGUGCUCAGUACAAAAGGAGGUAAUUGCGUUAUCAAGCAUUUCUAGAUGGCACUAUAUGCUCUUCUCUAUUCGUAACGGUUGAGAAAGCAAGACUAUCAGUUUAUUUUUGUAUAGGUUUGGAUGCACAGCUAGUCCUAAUGAGAUUUGUGAUGCAAUUUAAGCUAUAAUUGAAUUAUGUGUCUUUAAAACAACAGCCCAGGAUCCUCUAUAGAAUUAGACUUUGGUUUAGGUUUUUUUCCACCAAAUUUCAGCCUUAUUUGUUGUAUGAGAAACCAUAUCUGGUCCUAGAUCAUUAAAUACAGUAACUACUUCUUCCAACUUUGGAUAUUUGGAGCAUUGCCUUAAUGACUUCAACGUCCCUCUGGAUACAUGUGGAACAAAGACUUUUUCUCCCCUUGUAUCUUUGCAGCACCUCAUUUGUUCACACUUUUAUAGUUUGCAUUAAGCCCAAAAUAAGAUAAUUGGUAUAUGAGAUUCAGAUUCUGCUUUUGCACAAGGGCACGAAUGCAAAAAGGUGAAACUAGAUUGGUAUACAAGCCAGAAGAACAGAAAAUAUAGUGAAAGAUCAAUUUUGUUUAAAAAGAUUAGUUUAGCAUAUUUUAGGUGAACUGCAAUAAUGUGUGUAUAGUUGAAGAUGUCUUAAGAGGUGUUUGCGAAAAAUGGUGUAUUCUGCCGUGUACAGUUACUUUUUCUUUUGUUUCUUUUUUUUAAAGAUUACUUUAAAUUGUAUUUGUUUCUAUUUUUUGUGUGAUGGUUCAAAAAGAACAAAAUUAUUUUAAAACAUUUAGUAUUUUAUAGUUAUUUUGGGUCUUAAAUAUUGUGGAGACAGGAUUUUGUCCUAAAAUAAAACUGUUGAAUUCUGA